AGUUGCUCGCCGCUACUGCUCUUUCGGUACCCGUGCGCGUGCGCGUGUGAAGGCGAGUCGAGUGAGCGAGAGCGAAAGAAACAAGAGGCGGCGGCGGCUGCUGCUUCCGCUUCCGUUGCAUGUGAGGCGAGGCCGCGAGAGGAGCGCGGGCCAUGUCGAUCGCACUGGAGAGCGGGCGCGGGCUGGGCGGCGCCCCUCGGUUCGGCCGCGUCGCCCGCUGCGGCUACGCGGCUUCGCCGCCGGCGUCGGCCGGGCGUGGCGGCUCGUCUUCGGCGGGGCGGGACAGCGACAGCCCCGCGGCGGCGGCGCAGUGGGAGUGGGACGGCGAGGAGGUCGAGGGCGGCGACGGCGAGGUGCAGAGCUCGUACAAGGGCUCCCCCUUCGAGACCAUGGACGCGCUCCAGGAGGCCCUGCCCUUCAGGAAAGGGGUAUGCAAGUUCUACAAUGGAAAGUCUGGAUCUCUUGCAAAGCUUCAAGAUUCUGUAAUACCUUCUCUGCUGAAAGACCUUCCAAAGCCAGAAACACCAUCCCCUAGGAAGCGCAAAGGUCUUCUUCCGUUCAGUUUCAAAUGGGGCAAACCGCAGAAUAAAGAGGUAUUCCUCGAAGAUGAUGCAAUCAGGAGCCCCACAAACUGCAGGAGGAUGACUAUAUCGCCUGUUGCCACAAGCAGCUCAGGAAGCAACAGUGGCAGCGAUGACGAACAUAACCACUCCCAGAAGCUGUCUUCCCGUCGCCCACACAGAAGGCCCAGCAAUGCCAUGGGUGUUUUUGCUUCUCCGCCUGCACCUCGUCCACCCCAGCAGUUCUCAGCUCUCAUGAGAUCUCAGUCAAUGCUUGAUCUGCAGGAUGUGACAGACUCAACCGCCAUGGUCACUCCCAGGGACAAGCGCAUGAAGAAUUAGCAAAAGUUGAAUAGUAUCAGGGACAAGCGCAUGAAGAACUAGCAAGAGCUGAAUCUUGGUUAGUCUAAGGGGGACAAGCACUUGAAGAUUUGGCGAAACCUGAACCUUGGUGUCAGCCCAAACGCCGGUGUCCAUUUUAGACAGCAGAACCCAAUGGCUGAUGCCUACAUGCUUGCUAGGCUCCAUGCUUAGCGAGAUCGAAUGAACUCGUGUGGAUAUAGCUGGGAUUCUCCUUAUACCUGAUGUAAUGAGAAUUGAGAAAGAUACAGAUGAACUAGGCAAACUGAUGUAAGGAGUAAAUCAGUGGGCAGUGCAUUGGUUACUGUUUGACUUGUAAAUGCUGGAUUCUGCUUUUCUAUGCUAAUUCAACCAUGUUGCUCGUACUGAUCUU